ACUCGACGCAGGUGGCAGCACUGUACGCGGGAGAGAGCAGGCGUGGCCACAUGACUCACGGCCCCUGACGUCACGGCGGUUUCUGUCCACAACUGACACCACCCGCAGAACAAUUCGCGAUUUUUCACCCCGAUAGUCACUCUUACGUCGUAUAAAGACUCACCAUGUCGUCCCGAAAAGCUGCCGGUCGGCGAGUGGCCACCAAGAAGAGGGCCCAGCGGGCGACGUCCAAUGUCUUUGCCAUGUUUGACCAGGCCCAGAUCCAGGAGUUCAAAGAAGCCUUCAACAUGAUCGAUCAGAACAGGGACGGUUUCGUGGACAAGGAGGAUCUGCAUGAUAUGCUUGCAUCUCUAGGAAAGAACCCCACCUCGGAGUACCUGGACGGCAUGAUGAACGAAGCUCCCGGCCCCAUCAACUUCACCAUGUUCCUUACCCUGUUUGGUGAGAGGUUGCAGGGCACUGACCCUGAGGAUGUGAUCAAAAACGCAUUUGGUUGCUUCGACGAAGAAAACAACGGCCACAUCAACGAGGAAAGGCUGAGAGAAUUGCUGACUUCCAUGGGAGACCGAUUCACCGACGAUGAGGUUGACGAAAUGUACAGAGAAGCACCAAUCAAGGGAGGUAUGUUCGAUUACAUCGAGUUCACUCGCAUUUUGAAGCACGGCGCCAAAGACAAGGAUGAGCAAUAGACUGUGUCCGUUGCUUGCAAUUCAUCUCGAUUGAUCAAGAGCUGAGCGGGACCAUGUAUCAAUCAGAUCUUUGAUUCUUGUCUUUCCUGUUGAAGCAGUAUUGAAAAUCUCUUUUAAUUAUCAA